AUGGCUCUUACAGAACCCGCUGGAGAUACAUUAUGUCGNGGCAUCUUGUAUGUGAAUCGAAAAAUAGACCGAGAGGAGGUGUGUGAACGGAGCAGCGUGUGUUUGAUCAACCUGAAAACCGUUCUAGAGAACCCGCUGGAGAUCCAUUAUGUCGCRGUGGAGGUGUUAGAUGUGAACGACCAUUCUCCCAGCUUUCCAGAUAAAGAGAAACGGUUAGAGAUUUCAGAGUCCGUGUUACCAGGCGUGAGAUUUCAGCUACAAGCUGCAUUCGAUCCAGAUAGCGGACAAUACUCUGUUCAACAAUAUAAACUUAGUCAUAAUGAGCAUUUUCGUCUGGAAAUUAAGGACCGAGGCAAGGAUGCGAAAACUCCUGUUUUGAAUCUACUGAAGCCGCUAGAUAGAGAGAAUACAGGGAGCCAUAGAUUACUACUUACGGCCAUUGAUGGCGGAAAACCUCCAAGGUCUGGGACUAUAGAAAUAAUUGUGGACGUUUUAGAUGUAAAUGAUAAUAUGCCUGUUUUCACUAAAGAGUCAUACACUGCAAAACUGAAUGAAAAUUCUCCAAUUGGCUCAAAAGUUGUACAGGUAAAUGCUACGGAUUUAGACGAAGGUUCAAAUGGUGAGGUAGUUUACUCCUUCGGUAAUAAUGUGAACAGGAAAUUACGUGAGCUUUUCGAUGUGGAUAUCAACACCGGUGAAAUAACUGUAAAAGGAAGGAUCGAUUUUGAGAUAGAAGACAGCUAUGACAUUGAUAUUCAGGCAUCUGAUAAGGGAUCUGCUCCUUUUAAAACGGACAAAAGUGUCAUUGUAAAUAUUGUUGACCUGAACGACAACGCACCUGAGAUAGAAGUGACAUCAUUUUCUAACGCAAUCCCCGAAGAUUCUAGACCCGGAACCACGGUCGCGCUAAUCAGUGUAAAUGACUUGGACUCUGGUCUCAAUGGAAAAGUUAUGUGUUCUAUAAGUGAGGGCGUCCCGUUCACUCUAACGCCGUCAUUACAGGACAACAUGUACUCUGUAGUCACCAAGUCACCACUAGAUAGGGAGAAACAGUCUGAAUAUGAUCUAACAAUAGUAGCCAAAGACGCAGGGGAACCGUCCUUGUCAUCUGUAAAGACUAUCAGCGUUGUUGUAUCAGAUGUGAAUGAUAACAGUCCAGAGUUU